AUGCGCUGGCGGCUGCCGGGCGCCCGUUCGACCCUCCCAGCCAGUGUCGCCCUCCUCCUUCUCCCAACUCUGGUCGCUCCGCAGCAGCAGCCAGAUCAUGACACAAUCUCCCGAGUCUCUGUGCCUCUAGCACAAGAGUCAACACCACAUGCAGCCCAUGUGGCCGCACCACCCAUCGUGAAACCCAACGAUGCGAGCGCCCUUGCUACUCUGGCUCUGGCAGGCUCCGGCCGUGCCGUUCGAGCCCCUCCUGUCCAGGCCAGCAGCACUGCUGCCGGUCUGGCUUCGCAGCUUCACGCGCGGUCCUUGCAGGACUGGGAGGUUGAGGAUUUUGUCCUGCUGGCGACCGUCGACGGAACUAUUCACGCCCGUGAUCGCAAGACCGGCACCGCUCGCUGGGCCCUCGAGGUUCCCAGCAGCCCUGUCGUAGAAAGCAUCUACCACCGAGCGAAUCGUUCCAGCUUUGACGAUACUGAGCCCGAAGACGACUUCCUGUGGAUCGUCGAGCCGAGCCAGGACGGAAGCCUUUACAUCUACAGCCCCGGUCCAGACGCCGGGUUGCAAAAGCUUGGUUUGACAGUCAAGCAGCUUGUCGACGAAACUCCUUACUCUGGCAAUGACCCUGCCGUGACCUACACUGCCCGGAAGGAAACCACAUUAUAUACCAUUGAUGCCCGAACUGGAAGCAUUUUGCGGGUCUUCAGCUCUCGCGGACCGAUCACCACAGGACCAGAAUGCCGGAAGGUGGACGGCGAGGAUCUGGAUCCUGAACAAUGUGAGUCCACCUCUGGCACUUUGGUGCUCGGUCGAGUGGAAUAUGCAGUUGCCAUACAGAACACUGAGACCGGGGAUCCGAUUUGCACGCUGAAAUAUUCCGAAUGGGCACCGAACAACCGCGACAUGGAUCUCCAGAGCCAAUAUUACCGUACGAUGGAUCAAAGCCAUAUUUACAGUAUGCAUGAUGGUGUUGUCCUAGGGUUUGAUCAUUCACGCAUGGAUCGGCCGCGAUACACCCAGCGGUUCUCCUCCCCCGUCGCCCGAGUAUUCGAUGUCGUUCGCCCCGCCAACAAAAACGCACCCGAUGCCUCGACCCCGCUGGUGCUAUUGUCCCAGCCACUACAGCCACCCGACCCGGAUUAUGGCUCGCUCGAUGAUGAGCGAGACCUGCGCGUGUACAUUGACUGCACCGAGGCAGGUGGGUGGUAUGCAUUCUCGGAGGAAACAUACCCUUUGGCUACAGGUCGUGCCCCAAUGGCUCAAUGCUACGACAAAGAUUUCCUCCGUCGAGGACAAGCUCUCAUGAGCUUAACACCACGUCAGCAGCGGAAUGUGCUUGCUGGUGUUCAUUCUCUCACUGGCCCUCGCAUCGUCCGCCCACCCAUCCCAAGAAUUGCCGGGUCAUCCACCUCCGGGAUUUCCAAUGAUACACCCAGAGACAUUCUCCGCAGCCCCUCGGAGCUAGCUUUGCCUCCAGCUCUCCGAAACAGUGCUAUCAUACGCAAGAGUUGGGACAAUGCCUUGGAUAUUGUAGUGACCUUGAUCUUACUAUUUAUUUGCACCUUCAUCUAUUUCAACUCGCACCACCUGCGCGACUUGGCUAAGCAAAAGCUGGACAUCAAGAACAUCAUCAAUUCCAAUGACAAGACGUCCUUGUCAGCCCCCUCAACCCCUCUUAUCGACGGCACCCCGAAUAUCAAACGUUCAUCCACGCCAAACCAAGAAGUCCCGAAUGUGACAGUCGAUGUGGACCUGGAUGACUCAAUUCCAAAAAGCGAGUCCACCCCUCGUGCCUCUCGAGAGCACAGUCUGGUCUCGGAUUCUACUCCACGGGUCCAGAUUCGCGAGCCCUCCCGUGGGCCCGAUGAUGAGGAUGGCGAUGAGCCUGGGAAGCCCAAGAAAAAGCCACGCGCUCGUGGAUCCCGAGGCGGGAAAUCGCACCGCCGUCGCAAGAAGCCUGGCAGUGAAGGUGACAGUCCCGAGGCGGCUGAUCAGGUUGUUGAGCAAGUCAAUAACAUGGCUCCGCAGUCUCGACUGGAGCCUGAUAUUCAAAUGACGCGCACAGUGUCUAACGAGAUCCAGGAAAUGGAUGGUGUCGUUCGCAUUGGCCGGCUGCAAGUGUUCACCGAUGUUGUUCUGGGACACGGCAGCCAUGGAACUGUGGUCUACCGCGGCUCCUUUGAUGGACGAGACGUCGCCGUCAAGCGCAUGCUUAUGGAAUUCUAUGACAUAGCUUCUCAUGAGGUGGGUCUGUUGCAGGAGAGUGACGACCAUCACAACGUGAUUCGAUACUUUUGCCGUGAGCAAGCUACCGGAUUUUUGUACAUUGGCCUUGAGCUUUGUCCAGCAUCUCUGCAGGAUGUCAUCGAACGCCCUGUUAGCUACCCCGAGCUAGUACAAAACGGACUGGAUCUGCCAGAUGUCCUGCGUCAGAUCACCCAAGGUGUCCGUUACUUGCAUUCUCUGAAAAUUGUCCACCGUGAUCUGAAGCCGCAGAAUAUCCUGGUCGCCAUGCAUCGUGGCCGUACCACUUCACGGUCGUUGCGACUGCUCAUUUCCGAUUUUGGUUUGUGCAAGAAGUUGGAUGACAACCAAAGCUCAUUCCGCGCGACCACGGCCCAUGCCGCUGGAACUUCAGGGUGGCGAGCCCCCGAGCUUCUUGUCGACGACGAUAACGGUCCCCUUUCCCUGGCAUCGCAGCAUACCGAGUCCUCAGAGCCUGCAGUUGUCGACCCGCAGACAAACCGUCGCGCCACCCGAGCCAUCGACAUAUUUUCACUGGGGUGUGUCUUCUACUAUGUUCUGACUCACGGUAGUCAUCCUUUCGACAAGAAUGGCAAAUUUAUGCGUGAAGCAAACAUCGUCAAGGGUCAAUUCGAUCUUCAGGAAUUGAACCGGCUCGGAGACUACGCUUUCGAGGCGAAAGAUCUCAUCCGUUCAAUGCUGUCUCUCGAUCCCCGCCAGCGCCCCGAUGCAAGCGCAGUCCUGAUGCAUCCAUUCUUCUGGACCCCGUCCGACCGACUCAAUUUCUUGUGCGAUGUCUCUGAUCACUUUGAAUUUGAGCCCCGAGAUCCCCCUUCAGAUGCCCUGGUGUGCCUGGAAUCCGUUGCCAGGAACGUCAUGGGACCUGAUAUGGAUUUCUUGCGCGCUUUGCCACGCGACUUCAAAGACAAUCUUGGCAAGCAGCGCAAGUAUACCGGCUCUCGGAUGUUGGAUCUUCUUCGAGCGCUUCGCAAUAAACGUAAUCAUUACAAUGAUAUGCCGGAGUAUCUCAAGACACAUAUCGGGGGCUUGCCGGAGGGGUACCUAAUCUUCUGGACGGUUAAGUUUCCCAGUCUAUUGAUGAGUUGCCACGAGGUCAUUGUUGAUUUGCGUUUGACCCAUCUUGAUCGUUUCCAACGGUAUUUUGUGCCGCCUGAAUAG